AUGCUGAUGCGAGACUUCAUCGAGGACAGCUUAUACAAUCCUCACUAUGGAUAUUUCAGCAAGAAUGUCACCAUCUUCUCGCCUGGAGCACCGUUCGACUACAACAGCAUACGAGAUGAACCGGAGUUCUAUCGAUUGCUUGGCGAGCGCUACACCCAAUUCGAAGACCAGCUGGACAAGAAAGAGUAUAAUGAAGCAAGGCAGUUAUGGCACACACCCACAGAACUGUUCAGACCAUAUUAUGGAGAGGCCAUAGCAAGGUACAUGGUGGCAAACUACAAGCUCACCUUGUAUCCUUACCACGACUUGGUAAUAUAUGAGAUCGGCGCUGGAAACGGUACACUCAUGUUGAACAUUCUGGACUACAUACGGCACACAGACCCAGAAGUGUACGCCAGGACGCAAUUCAAAAUUAUAGAAGUCUCGCAUGCACUUGCCAACUUGCAAGCGCAGAAACUGAAAUCGACUACUUCAGCGCGUGGACAUGAGGGCAAGGUCGAAAUUAUCAAUAAAUCCGUGUUUGACUGGGACCUGUACGUGCCUACGCCGUGCUUCUUCUUGGCCAUGGAAGUCUUUGACAACUUCGCACAUGACGUGCUGCGGUAUGACCCGUUCACGGAAGAAGUCAUGCAAGGUUCGGUGCUUAUCGACGGCGAAGGCGACUUCUACGAGUUCUAUAGCCGCACCUUGGAUCCAGUCGUGCAACGCUUCCUUCGAGUGCGAGACGCAGCAUGCCAGGAUAGGAACUAUCCAAAUCCACUGCGAAAGUCGAAACUACUACGAUCGUUACGACAUCAGAUGCCGCUCGCGCCAAAUCUGACGUUGCCGGAGUACAUUCCGACACGAUUGAUGCAAUUCUUCUCCAUUUUGGCCAAUAAGUUUCCAGCACAUCGACUCAUCACAUCAGACUUCCACAGUCUGCCGCAAGCUACUGCUGGAUAUAAUGCGCCAGUGGUGCAGACAAGAUAUGAGAGGAGGACCGUACCUGUUCGGACGCCGCUCGUACAGCAGGGGUAUUUCGACAUAUUGUUUCCAAGUGAUUUUGGCGUAAUGGAGGACAUAUAUCGCGCCACCACAGGACGGUUGACGAGAGUCAUGUCGCACGAGGAAUUCUUUCAGAGAUGGGCAUAUCUUGAGGACACGCAGAUGCGGAGCGGAGAGAACCCUUUGCUCAGCUGGUAUAAAAAUGCUAGCGUUAUGGUGACUGUGUAG